UCAAGUGACAUAAGUCAGUCGACCCUCGACGGUUAUUUCAAUGAACGUUAGUUGCUCAGCGCGUACUUAUAAAAAAUAAAUUCAAAUCAGACACACCAGGAAAAAUAUCUUACUAUUAAACCGAUCUUCACGUAAUAAAAUUUCAGUCGUAGUGUUUACUGCACAAGAGUCAGAAGACCUAGAUUUAGUGCUAUAAAAUUGUACUCCUAUUUAGAAUCAAGCGGAAGGAUGGAAGAUCUUAGUUUUGUCCCAGAUCUCCCGAAGGGGCCCCUAGACGUUUAUCGAAAUACCGCCUCCUUUAACUGGAAGCGACUUAAAUUGGCCCUUGAAGGCGAUAUUGAUUCACUAAAAUUAAAGUACAAGAUAUGGCGGACGUUGGAAAAGGAUCCCUUGUUUGCACAUUCCGCUGUGACGUUACCAGUUGAAGAACAGAAGAGAAUCACUCAGCUGCAGUUAAAGAAGAUCAACGAGUACAAGUUCAUACCGAAAGAGAUGUUCAACGCCAGCUACAGCAAGCGGACGCGAACCAUAAUGACUAUCAACGAGGCCGUGCAGUCCCUCAACCCCAGCGUGUCAGUGAAGAUGGCCAUCGGUAUAUAUCUGUUCUCCAACGCGCUGCUCUCGCUCGGCACCGAGAGGCAUUUGAAAUUCUACGAAGCAACCAUUAAAACGCGUGAGAUCCUAGCAAGUUUCGCUCUAACGGAGGUGGCGCACGGGUCGGACGCGCGUCUGAUGCGGACCACCGCCACCUAUGACCCCUCCACCCGGGAGUUCGUCAUCCACACGCCGGACUUCGAAGCAGCCAAAUGCUGGGUUGGUAAUCUAGGUAGGACUUGCACACACACGCUGCUGUUCGCCCAGCUGAUCACACCGGACGGCACCAACCACGGCCUGCACGGGUUCAUGGUGCCCAUAAGGAACCCGGACACGCUGGAGACGUACCCCGGCCUCAUAGUGGGGGACAUGGGAGAGAAGAUCGGCGUUAACGGUAUCGACAAUGGGUUCAUAAUGUUCAAUCAGUACCGGAUACCGCGGGAGAACCUUCUGAACAGAACUGCUGACGUCACAGAGGAUGGCACCUACGAGAGUUCCUUCUCAGAACCUUCCAGAAUACUGGGAGCGGCUCUGGAGAAUCUGUCUGCUGGUCGCAUCGGCAUCAUGCAGGAGAGCUGUCAUUCUCUGUCCAGCGCCGUGUCUAUAGCGGUGAGGUACGCUGCUUCCAGGACACAGUUCGGGGACAGACAGAAGGAAACACCGCUCAUCGAGUACGAACUACACCAAUGGCGUCUGUUCGGCCACGUGGCGGCCGCGGUCGUGUUCAGACUGUAUAUAGAGAGCUUCACCAAGACAUACCUCGAGAUAGCAGAGAAAUCCAACGCGGGUCAUAGGGUCGACAACUUGAGCGAGACGGUGUCUGAGAUCCACGCGAUGGUGUCCUGCAGUAAGCCGCUGUUGACGUGGAGCGUGCUGAGGGCGGCGCAGCAAUGUAGGGAGGCCUGCGGCGGACACGGCUACCUUAAGUGUUCGAACCUGGGCGACAUCCGCAGCAACCACGAGCCGACCGUGACGUACGAGGGAGACAACAACGUGCUGUCGCAGCAGGCCGGCAACUGGCUGCUGAGGCAGUACGAGGCGGCGCGAGGGGGCGCGCUCCCCGACACGCCGCUCGGCACGCUCGCCUUCCUCACGGACGACGCCAGCCUCCACCGCACCUUCGCCUGCACCAGCACCGAACAACUCAAGAAUCCCGACUUCAUACUAUCGACAUACAAGUGGCUUCUGACCUGGAUGUUGAAGUACACGCACGAGAAGAACGAGUCCGAGCUGGCCAAGGGUCUGACGAAGGUCCAGGCGAGGAACAAGUCGCAGGUGUACAGGUGGAGGACCCUCACCAAGGUGUACGCCGAGUACCUCACGCUCAUGAUAUCGCUGGGGAGCAUCGACAGGAAGGAGCCGGGGCUCAAGCCGGUGUUGAUGAAGCUGUACUGCCUCUACGGACUCAGUGUGCUGGACGAGAACCUGGUGGAGCUGUACCAGGGAGGGUUCGCCAAGGGCGGGGACUGCGCGCGCCUCGUACGAGACGCUAUCCUGGAACUGUGCGCGGACGUGAAGGGCGAGGUGGUGAGCGUGGUGGACGCACUCGCUCCCACUGACUUCGUUCUCAACUCUGUGUUGGGCAGGAGCGACGGAAAGCUGUACCAGAACCUCCAGAAGUCGUUCUUCAGCCAGCCCGGCGUGUUCGAGCGCGCUCGCUGGUGGCGCGAAGUGGUUCCCGCAUCCAAACUAUAAUUAAUGAAGUCGUCGAGGUCACUCGAUCAGUUUGAUCGUCAUCAUAAACUGAACUUUUAAACUACGUUCGUAGGCUAUUUUUUAUAUUUUUAUACACCGAAGAUUUGUAUUUUUAGUGACAGUGUUUUUGGGUUAGACGACUGGCGUUGUACUUUAAUGGCGUAACUCAUGACUAUGGUUAGAGAUAUUUAUACGACAAUUUAGUGUGGAGCGCGCUCAUACCUGAACGCGCCAAGGGAUCGCCGAUUCCAUAAUAUAAAUUUUGAAAAUCUCUAUGGCGGAGUAGAAGAGAAAUACACGCCGAUAACAAUUUUACUUACACAAAUAUGUAAAUGUACCGUUUUAUCGAUGCAUAUCGUUUCUAGACAAAUGAAUUUAAAAUAUGUUACUGUUUACAACCUCACGAGCGGCGCGUGUGGUCCGGCGGCCGCGGGUGGAGCAUGUUACCAGUGGAAGUAUUAAUGACCUGAAUAAUUAAGUGUUCUCACGUCGUGCUAGAAGAGUUUAUGUAGUUGUAGUGUGGACGGGCGCGCGGCGAUACUUACAUGUUAUUGUUGAAUUUCCUUAUCUCGAUGGUUCGAAUAGUUCCCAACGCUGACAGCCUGCAGCCGCGCGGGCGACGUGUCCGGGCUGUGCUUAGUCCCGUGACUCACUGUUUAUAUGAAACUAAUCGACGGAUCGCUCGAGCGCUGAUAUUUAUAUAAUUUUAGUUAUAUUUUUUAUUCAUUAAGCUUUUCGCUUUCUGUCGCCGCUCGGCCGGGCCGUGGCGGGCCGUGGCGGCCGCUGGUCGCAUCCGACUAGUGACCGAGCGUCUGUCACAUGCGCACGCGCAGGUCGCACCAGAAACGUUCGUUUUUGUUUCAUAGGUAAUUUUUUUCCACUUAAUUUAAACUUUCUCCAUUCCUUUUCACGGUUCGGACCCAAUCCAAGGGUCGAGUACUUUUUACGUGCGCAACUUCUUUUUUUUUGUUUAUAUUUUUGAAAAGCACAAAAAUAUUUAUUUAUAGAAAUGAUAAUUGUUGUAGGCUGUUAUUAGUCGAUAAUGAAAAAUAUAUUUAAAAUAUUGUUACGAGCCCACUCCGACAUCCCGGAGGUUAUUUUAGAUAGUUAUAUUUUUUACCGUAUACUUUGUGUAUUUUAGCGAUUUUUCAUAAUCAUGUGCGGCCAUAAGUGUUUAUUAUUACUUUGGUUCGUCGUAAAGAACUUCCGAAAAGGUUUUCUAUCUGAUCACAUUUUUAUAUAUUGUCUCAAUUUGUUAUGUGAAUAGAGCAUUCGAUUUUUAUUAUUUAAUAUAUCCAUAUAAUUGCUGUAAUAAAUACAAUUUUGAAUUAUCAUUACUGAAUAAAUGUAUUACUAUACUUUAACUCACGUUCGGGGAACGGAACCGGUCCCCGCUGUCGGGUUUUUGUUUAACAUAAUGUGUUGUUGUAUCGUAAGUAGCAUAAUAGUUGUUGUCAGGGCUGAGUGUGACCGUCAGCCGAGGGUUGUGCUCGCGCCAGUCGCUGCGUCCACUCGCGCAUACCCUCGAGAUUAUCAUUCCCAGAAUGAAGUUAUUUACAAAUGUUUCACAGAAUAUAAAUAUUAAUUUUAACAUAUUUAAUGUAUGAAUUUUAAUGACCACGAGUUUCACUCUGAGUGCCUUCCUCUCGCGUGUUAUAAGCGAGUGGUCAGAGGGCGCGUGUCUUCGUUAUUGAAAUAAAUGUCUUGUAUGUGA